AUCACCAGCCUCGACUUCACCCACCAAUUCCAUCUCAAUUGACCUUCUUCCAUCUCCCAGAACAGGACGGACGCCAGUCUAUCUUCGUUCUCAUCACCCUCUGUGCCCCUUCGUCCCCGUUGUAGCUGUAGGACUUGAGAGACUCCCGUCUUUUCUUGUCUAGCCUUUCGAAUUGUCACCCAGUUCGAAAGGCAUUCGAGAAAGGACGCCCCUCAAGCAGCCAAUCUGGACUUUGACGCCCGCGUCCCCAUCCCCUUCAGUGUCUUCCCGUCGUCGUACCGGAGUGACGCUGCUGCCGCUGUCUCUGAGUCCACUCAGGAGAGAGUAGAGGGCGAGGUCAAGUUUUCAGGUGCUUCGCGCGUCGGACGGGAAGAUACUCGAUACGAAGGCCCCCUCCCAGCACCAAGAACCUCUACCCAGCAAGCCACUGCUUCCUUUGACCAGCGCUUCGACAACGAGGAGUUCCGUCCUGUCACCGACUACAGACAAACCACUGUCGUAGCCCACGAGGAGCACCCCCGUCACCGCCAACAGGAGCACAUCCCUGAAGUUCAGCUUUCCCGGGAAAGAUACUACGAGACCAGAGACCGUCGAGAGACUGAACUUGAUACCCAGCUUGACAUCACUGAGCGUCAAUACCGUGCCCGUACUGAUCCUCGCUACCAAGCCCAGUACGAGCCUGAACCCCGCCAAGUUCGAGACGUAGACGUCGGGUACAGCAACAGCCGUACCUUCAGCUCCGUCGAGAGACCCUCUGAGAAAGUUCGAGAAGUCGACGUUGCCUACAGCCGGGCCUACGAGACCGUCGACACCUCCCGCCCACCAGUCGAAGUCCGUGACAUCGACUAUCAGGAGCAGACCAAGCAGUCAGAUACCCUCAACCUCAUCUCCGAUCACCGCGUAGUUCAGGAGCAGGACCCUCAAGCCAAAAUGGGUUACUACGACGACGAAGGUCAGUACCACUCCUUCCGCCGCGGAGUCGAGCGUGCUGCCGAGCGCGUGCUGCACCCAUUCCAUCACCGUCACCAUCACCACCACCACCAAACCCACGAAGAUGGAAUCAUUUCUGACGAGCGCCGCGUCGAACAAGGUGCCCCUCGUGAGACCGUCCGCGUUGUCCAGCCCCGUGGUGGACACCCACCAGACACCAUUACCAUCCCCUGCCACUUCAUCCGCAUCGGCGACCUUUUGAUCCUCCAGGGCCGCCCUUGCCAGGUUAUCCGUGUCUCCGUUUCCCAGCAGACCGGCCAGCACCGUUACCUCGGUGUCGACCUCUUCACCCGCCAGCUCCAUGAGGAGUCCAGCUUCAUCUCCAACCCAUCUCCAUCUGUCGUCGUCCAGAGCAUGCUCGGCCCCGUCUACAAGACCUACCGUGUCCUCGACAUGCGCGAUGACAACCGCAUCGUCGCCAUGACCGAGACCGGUGACGUCAAGCAGGGUCUCCGUGUCGUCGACCAGGGCAACCUCUUCAACCGCAUCGCCGAUGCCUUUGCCGAGGGCCGUGGCUCCGUCCGUGCCCUCGUCAUCAACGACGGUGGCCGCGAGCUCGUCGUCGACUACAAGGUCAUCCACGGUUCCAGACUCUAGACAACCAACCCCACCAACCAACCAGCCAAACAAAAGAGAUACAGCCAAUCAAAUUUCCCGUCAUCUUGAUCUAUGUCUAGUUUGGAUACCAGAUGUAUUGCCUGGACAUCAAAUUUGACAAGCUUGUUUCCUCUUUACGUCUCGGAAUCCAAUGUUCUAUUUUCCUUUGUCGAUAACUUGAAACUUAGUAGUAGUGAACACCUUUCCUUUGUCAGUGCCUGCUUUGCUUUCUUACUACCACGACGUCUAAUCAACUUGUAAAAAUGAAAUGGAAAUGAAAGUUUGCUCUAUUUAAGGCUCG